CGCAGCGGCGGCGAUGCUCCGGUCUCCGCUCAGAUGAUGGCUGUGGGGCGGCUGCUCCUCUAGCCGCGGCCGUGAGAGCCGCAGCAGCACCCGCCGGGAGAGGCGCGGUGCGGGGGGGAGGCAGGACCUUGCAGCAGGGCUCUUCUCCGCCGUGCACCAGGGCUGAAACCCGACCGGGCUGCCGCGCGAUUGCACUUGCCUCAGGUCGCCAAGGACGUGGGGGGAAUCCGCAGCUUUGACCGACCAUUGCUUGCGGGCUGGGGGCAGCAUUUCCUUUGCCUUGCGUUUGGGCUGGGCUCUGCCAGAGUCCUGGCCCCUUGCGAUUAGCACCGAGCCUUCUGCUUGCAGCUAGGGACUGUGCUAAGGCUUUGCACCGCUUUCCCCUCCAAAGUGCUGCGUGCACCGCCGCAGCCCGGAUUAACCCCUCCCCCGAUCUUGAACUGGCACCGAAUUUCCUUUUGCAGCCCCUCGGCCGGGGGCUCUUUCUGGCGGGGGAGUAAGCGAGCGAGUGGAUUACUUCGCGGUGCUCUUUGCAGGGUGUGCGGGGACAGGCCAAGCUGCCUAGCCGGGGAGAGGUUGAGGCGCCACCAUGGCUUGGCCCUGCAUCACCCGGGCGUGCUGCAUCGCCCGCUUCUGGAACCAGCUGGACAAGGCGGACAUCGCGGUCCCUUUGGUCUUCACCAAAUACUCCGAGGCCACCGAGAGCCCCGCGGCCCAGGGGGGUUUGCAGCAGCAGCAGCCGCCGCCGCCGCCACGCCCUUCCUCUGCCAUCGAGACCCAGCCCUCCAUCCUGGGGGGCGACCUGGAUGCAGUUGCCAGGGCGACUGCGGCUGGGGGGGACCACAAGGCUGGGCCGGGGCAGCAGCCGCUGGCCGACUCGGUGAUGCGCCAGGACUACAAGCACUGGAAGGUGCAGCGGCCGGAGCCCAGCUGCAAACCCAAGAGCGAGUACCAGCCCUCGGAAACCCCCUUUGAGAAGGAGAGCCAGUACCAGAAGGAUUUCCGGGCCUGGCCCAUCCCCAAGAGAGGGGACCACCCCUGGAUCCCCAAGCCAGCCCCGUCCCCUGGGCCAGCCCCGGACAAGGGCCCCCAGGAGAAACCUCCCAGCCAGGAGAAGAGGAGGAAGCUGCAGCCAGGGCAGGAGAAGAAGGAGGAGGAGGCAGAGCAAAGGGCAAAGGAGGAGGAGCCCAAGGCAGAGGAAGGGCGGAAGAAGAGGGUCCAGGUGGUCGAGGAUGGGGGGCAGCAGCAGCCCGUGCUCUCGGCAUCCCAGGAGGCAGCCAAAGGGCGAGCAGCAGUGGAUGCCCUCAACAAGCAGAUCAGAGAGGAAACGGCAGCCGGGGUGAGCAGCUCCUACAGAAAUGAAUUCAGACCUUGGAUAGACGUCAACAGGGUUAAGCUUAUAAAAGCUAAGUCCCAGUACAAACCCCCGGACGAGAAAGUGAGCCACGAAACCAGUUACAGUUCUCAGUUCAAGGGGGAGCCCAACAAGCCUGUACUAGCCGAUAACAAAUUCAUCGAUCGCAGGAGGAUACGCAGCCUGUACAGUGAGCCCUUCCAAGAAUCUUCAAAGGCGGAGAAGCGUAGUGUUCAGCCUUCCAAACCAAAAAAGACAACAACGAGCCAUAAACCACUGAAAAAGGCCAAAGACAAGCAGAUCGCAUCUGGCCGGGCUGCCAAGAAAAAGAGUGCCGAGAGCUCCAGCGGGACAAAGCCAGAGGACAAGGGGAAAAGUAAAGAGAUGAACAAUAAAUUGGCUGAGGCUAAAGAGUAAAUUUCAUUGCACUUUUCUCUCUCUUUCUUUCUUUUUUCUUUUAUUAAAUAAAGGCCACAAAAUUAAUUAGA